AUGAUAUCGUGGUGUGCACAGACAUUUCGAUGCACACGAUGUCAUAACAAUGACAAUCCUGUGGAUGAUAUGUUGAUGAAACGACGCGAGUUCGAAAAUGACACUGGAAGACAGUUGGCCGAAGUGGAUUUGGAAGUGUUUCGUGAAAAUAUGCCCCGACUGAUCAACUGCAUCCGAUGCUACCAAAAACAUGAUUUUUUCAACGAUGAGCCGGUGAAUACAUGGAUUGCAUUGGAAGAGGCACAGAUACUCGUUCAUUCGAAUAUUAUACAGAAUUGGGUCGCUGAAAACACCGCACCACUUUCCACAAACAUUGCCACCAUGGCAGACUACCCGAUGGACUUCUGUGAGCAUAUAGCUUCUGACAAACUCGCGGAAAUGAUCGACAAAAUGAGAGAAGAAAAAGAAGUGACAGUGGAUGAAAGAGAAAAAUGGGUGAAGAGAGCGAUCGAGAGGCAGAUGAUUCCGGCUGAAUUCACAUCGGGACAUGGCCGGAUGAUGAAUAUCCUUCAUUCUCCAAUAUUCCGCGGAGUAUUGUCGAGAACCAGCGGCUGGCUUGCACUUCAAAACAGUCAAGAAUAUCCAUCCGAGAUGGCAGUUUAUGAAUGGGCCGGUGUAUGGAAAAAACUAGUAUUGUGGGGUAAUCGGUCGAUAAAGGAUGGAAUCAACUUCUCAUCAUUUAUCAUUCGAAAUAUACAGAAACUUUUGAAUGGAGAGACAUCAGGGGGUCAGGGAUUUCACAUCCACAGUGGCCCCUGGCAUUUCCCAUUUAUCGGUGAGAAACAGAGGGCUUUCGAGGAGAAAUAUAAUGUUCGAAUUGCGUUGAUUACAUACGAAGGGGACGAGAGAGAUCUCGAAUUUUACAGUAAUCUCCGAUAUCUCUGGAUCUUCCCGUGCAACAAGCCCGACACACUUCUCUACUUGGGUUAUGAAUGCAAUCGAUACUUCAGCAUUUCCAUGGGUUCUCCCUCCGAUUGCUCGAAAUACGAGCAAAUGCAGUUGGGCAUCACCGCAAAAGACGAGACCAUGAAAGUGACAUCGGAGAAGAUCAAUGAAUCGACAUAUAAACGGAUAGUAGCACCGGAAAGUGAAUCGGGAGCUUAUGAGUCGAAGAUCUGGACGGCAAACCAUCGACCGACAUUCGAUGAUAUCAAUUGUUUCGGCUAUUUGAAGGGUAACGUCAACUCUCAACAAGGCGCGGAUGUUGAUUGGGAGAUCCGUAGUGAAAGUUUGGCGGCGAAAGGGGCGUCGUCUUAUCAAGAAGAAGCGCGAGAACGAUUCUUCACCAGUGCAGGUAUACUUUCUUCGGUAAUGUUUAGGAAUACGAUGUGCUCGACUACGCGCGGCAAGAAAGAAGCUUCUCGGCUGAAAGUUAUGUCAAUUCCGGCCGUGAUGCGGCCGAAUGAUGUGUGGCAGGCCAUGUUCCCCAUCCGCGACCAGCCCUAUCGACGUUCAGCCUGGAAUCAGCUUGAAUAUUGCGCAAAAGAAGCAGCUGAUGACAAAAUCGGCUCGGCGAUGACGAGGAUCUACAGCAGCCAGCCCUCAUAUGGCACAAGAUCGCAGGAGCAUCGUGUC